AUGUCUCUAGCCAGCUUGCUCUUGCUGUUGUGUGUAUCUUUCUUUCUUAUGACAGCCACUAAACUAGGGGUGCAAGCAGAAGGCUGCUCGCCCGAGCGAUGCGGCAACAUGACCAUUGCUACCCCGUUCGGGCUCGUCUCAGGGUCGGAGGAGAACACAUGUAUGCAGCUCGGUUUCCAGGUCCACUGUACCGACGGUGUCCCGUACCUCGGGUACCACUCUGGGUACGGACUCCAGAUCCUCAACAUCUUCCCCUUAAACAGCUCCAUGGUUGUUUCUGACAUCCUCAAGCUCGGGGGCUUUAACAAUUUGAGCCGCCAAGGUUGCCAUGUCCCGAUGGCCGACGCCGCCACCAAAAUUGAGCCUCCAUUCUCAAUAAGCCCCCUUAACCAGAACCUCAUCUUCUACAACUGCGCCAAGCCACCGCCAGCCCGAGCAGGGCUGGUGGAGACGGUGUGCGGGAACAACACCUUUGUCCGCGCGGGAGGGUGGUACAACACGACUGGCGGGAUGAACAGCGGAUACGCUUUGGAGGGCUGCAACGCCACCGCCCUACCGGUGCUGGUGCCGUCUGGCGAGGCGAACGCCAGAGACUAUGAGGAGCUCAUCAGCGAUGGCUUCCUCCUCACAUGGCAGCCGCUGCCUUCCGCUGGUGGUAGUGGAGGGCAUUACAGUGAGAGGGACGGCGGCUAUGCUUUAGAGGGAUGCAAUGCUAUCUUCCUUCCGGUACUGGCAGCAUCCGGCGAGGCGAACGCAAGUGAUUAUGAGAGGCUAAUCACCAAUGGCUUCCUCCUGACAUGGCGGCAGCCGCCUGCUGGUAGUGGUAUCAAGGUGAUUAGCAAAAGGAUACUCAUACUAAUAGUUUCAUCAGCGGUUUCAACCUUGCUCUUUCCAUGCAUUUGUGUGAUGAUGAGGCAUCCCAAGGGGAAAAGACUAUGGUCUCGCAGCAAAAGGACUAGCAGCGGCACUGAAAGGAAUUACGAGGCCAUGAUAUUAUCAUAUGGAUCACUAGCCCCCAAAAGGUACACAUACUCAGAGGUAAUGAAGAUAACAUCUUCUCGCAAUCAUGAGCUUGGAAAGGGUGGUUAUGGUGUGGUUUUCAAAGGAAGACUACAUGAUGAUCGACUGGUUGCUGUGAAAUUCUUGCAUGACUGCAAAGGAAAUGGGGAUGAGUUUGUGAAUGAGGUUAUGAGCAUUGGGAGAACCUCUCAUGUUAAUAUUGUUAGCUUAUUUGGGUUUUGUUUGGAGGGAUCAAAACGAGCUCUUAUAUAUGAGUACAUGCCUAAUGGUUCCUUGGAUAGGUAUAUUUACUCAGAGAACCACAAAGAAAUUUUAGGAUGGGAGAGGCUGUAUGCUAUAGCAAUCGGGAUUGCUCGUGGCCUAGAAUACUUGCACCAUAGUUGUAAUACACGGAUCAUUCAUUUUGAUAUCAAGCCUCACAAUAUCCUUCUAGACAGGGAUUUUUGCCCAAAGAUUGCUGAUUUCGGUCUAGCUAAAUUGUGUCAUGCAAAGGAGAGCAAGCUAUCAAUGACAGGUGCUAGAGGAACAAUUGGGUUCAUUGCUCCAGAAGUUCACUCUCGGACAUUUGGAGUUGUUUCAACCAAGUCAGAUGUUUAUAGUUAUGGAAUGAUGUUGUUAGAGAUGGUUGGGGGCAGGAAAAAUGUGAAAUCGGUGGCUGAAAAAUCGAGCGAAGAAUAUUUUCCAGAUUGGAUUUAUGACCACUUUUCUCAAGAUGAUGGACUGCGAGCAUGUGAAGUCACAAGUGAAAUUGAGGAAAUAGCAAAAAGGAUGACCUUCAUUGGCUUGUGGUGCAUACAAGUAGUACCAAAGUUCUAG